AUGAAACCUGGCCUAACCAACUUCGAAUCUGAGAACAUACAGCCACAACUUUCCGAACAACGAAUUCUGGGAAAUGAGUCAAAACGCGAAUCAGAUGAUUUGAAUUAUGAAGCAGUGAAUCUCUCGCUGAUGGAGAAUUCCUCUUGGUUCCAAAUAACCCCUAUAAACGCGUUGACACCAGUAAUAUUGAAUAUGUUUUCGAACUCGGCUAUGGAGAAUCGAGUUUGCUGGGUCAACGGUGAAAAACCUGUUUGCCAAGCUUUGUUCAAACAGAACAUAAGUGAGAAUCAGGACCCCUCGGAGGCGACGGUACUCCAGGGGAAAGAGAUCAAGCGUCGCCAGAAGUGCCUCGUAGUACACGGACUUGAAGCUGGCAACCAUUUUCGUAGCGGCUCGCUGGGUGACGCACAAUGA